GCGGUGUCUGUCGGGGCGUUCGUCUCGCGACGCGCUCUUCGCUCGGAAUUGUCCGGUCGUCGUCGCCGUCGAUCUCGGCCGUUCGCGACUCGUCGCGCCGAACGGAAGCGGCAGAGAGAAAGAGAAGCCAUCAUCGGCCGCGCGCUCGCUCUCUCGCUCGCGAGGGUGCCGCGUCGCUUCCGCGGCGAGUAGCGAGGCUGGCCAACACCGCGGACGCUCUCUUCGGCGGAACGCCCGCGCCGUAACCCACCAGCUGUGUCGCGCGCUCGCGACGCAAGUGCAUGCGUGUGUGCGCGGUCCCGGUUGCAUCGCCGUUCAGUGUUUGCGGGUCGCGGGCACGAGUCGAAUCGCCGGGAUUCUCGUUCUUGCUUUCGCGUCGGCCGAUUCGAUUCUUCUGUGCGAGACCGACGUUCUCUCCGCCGUGAGCCCGUCAGCAACGCGAAGAACAAAAGGGGGACAGCGGAGCGGGCAGAACGAGUAAGACCAGGAACGACCGAGAGCAAGGGGGAGAGAGAAAGAGACGGAGCGUCGGCAGACAGACAGACGGACGGACAGAGGAGAGCUACAUACACGGAGACUUCGUAUCGAUCGAGAGCUGGUCCUACUUCACGUCACGAACUUCUUGAAAAAUUGCUUUACUCCGCCGAACUUGUAGCAUGCAAGGACGCGAAAGGCAUUAUUCGCCGGUCACAAGGCGAUGAGAAGCCUGAAUGGAGUCAGAGGAAACCUCAGAGCCCCCUGGGGCUCCCAUCGAUGUUUUAUUGACGGGACAGCGCAGCCGGGUCGAACUUGUCACCGCACUUAGGCCGAUCUAAACUAUCGCACCGACUCGCCGUUUGCAUCGAUAGCUUCAGAUGUACAUCCAAUUACGGCACCGAAGUAGAACAACGCGAAACCUAGAUUAAAGAAUAGCCGUACGAAAAACGUUCAACCCGACCCGAAGAUCUUAAGUCGAAACUUAGUGAAAGUUAUGCCAAAGAUAUUACAUCGAUUUGUUUAUGCCGGAUAAAUACGGACGCACGAUCUAAGAACAAGAAAGACUCGAUCGAACGAAACAAGGGAGAAUACGCUCGAAGGUCCUGACAUGGCGGCACCAGUGAUUGAGAAGAAACGCUUCUUCUGCCGGGAGUGGGCCUUCAUGAAGCUGGCGCAUUACUUGGAGCAGCGGCCGCAAUCGAACACGUGCGGUGCUCUGAUCGUGGGCGGGCCGGGAAGCGGCAAGACGGCGCUCUGCGCCGAGCUGGCAUGGCCUUCGAACGGCGCUUCCGCGAGGCCUCAGCGGUUCUUGAAUCGUCGACUACUGGCCCGGCACUUCUGCCAGGCCAGAAGCGAGGCUUCCCUGUCACCCGCCCAAUUCGUGCGAUCCUUGGUCGCGCAGUUGCUGCAGGCCAGUUCGGACAGCGUUCAUCAUCGAUCGUCGCCGGUACCGACGUCCCCAACGACGUCAGCAACGGUUACAGCUGCCGCGACGAUACCCGCCGCGACCACGACAACAACGAUGACGACGACAACGACGAUGACGACGACAACGACGACGUUAACGCCUGUGACGACGACGGCGAUUACGACGACUGCCGCUACCGCGCCGCUUCUUACCUCCAGGGAAACCAUCGCGGAGGCCUACGCCGAGAAGCUGAGGACCGACCCGGACAUCCAGGCUGCGUUGCAGCCAGACGUGCUGGACCGCGACCCGGACGACGCUUUGAAGAAGGCUCUCUUGUUUCCACUGUUAGAGGUGGAACCACCGAAGAACUGUCUCUUCCUGCUGGUGGAUUCAAUCGACGAAGGCCAGACGCUGAACCUUCCGCAGACUGGCACCAGGGACUCCCGCAGGGAGAGCGACAACGUCAGUCGUACGAUAGCCGAAUUGCUUGCCAAUCAUCAUCAUCUGUUUCCACAAUGGCUCCUGUUGGUCUGCACUGCACGACGGCAGAGCAAGACCAUCUCGCGCAUGUUCACCGGCUUCCGCAAGAUUUCACUGGACGAUUUGAGAAAGAACCAGGUUGUCCGAGACGUUCAGCAGUACAUACUUGCGCGGCUGGAUCAGGAGGACGCGCUUAGGCAACAUAUCUCGCGCGAUACCGCCGAGAUGCUUAACCAGCUGCACAUAAAGAGCAAUGGUUGCUUUCUGUACCUGGAGAAAGUUCUCGACGGCGUAGCUGAGAAGUCUAUCGUCUUGCGUGAGGUGCGAGAGAUCCCGGGAACGCUGAACGGCCUAUACCUCUGGCUCUGUCAACGAUUCUUCAACAGGAAACAGUUCAGCAAGGUCCAGCCGUUGCUCAACGUCAUACUCGCUGCCAAGUUACCCAUCACCCAGGAGAUCCUGUACGAGAGCGUGAGGACGGCCUGCGUCGGCAUCACCGUCGAGGACUUCAAUCGCCGGCUUCAUCAGCUGCGCCGCGUGAUAUCGGUCUCACGGGCCGGUGCGUUGAUGCUCUUUCAUCACAGUUUUGCUGAGUGGCUGCUGGAUGUGAAGCACUGCACCCAGAAGUACCUCUGCUCGGCCACCGAAGGUCACGCCAUGCUGGCAGCCUAUUACACCCUUCGCGGUCCCGAGUUAAAUCCCGACGAAAUCUGCGUGCUGGCGCAACACCUGCAACGUGUGAUAACGAGCGUUCCGCCUAACAUCACUCUCGACGUUCACACCCUUCAAGUGCUCUGGAUGAUCGGCAGCCACGCGCCCAUCGAGGCCUGUUACUUGGAUAGCUCGGAAUGUAUUCUCUGGCCCAGACAGGAUGUCAAGCUUCUUAGACUGUUGAUCGAUGCUGGCGCCAAGCCGUCUGACAAGAUCAUCGAGGACGACGCCAGCAAAGAUGCCGUUUCUUCUAGUCAGGUUUCGCAAGAUGUAAGCCCCAUCGAUGAAUCUGCGAGUGAACCAUUGACGGAGCUUCUCGGUGAAAGUGGAGAUAUCAAUCAAACGGACUCUUACGGACGAACGGUGUUACACACGUUAGCCGCUGACGGCAAUGCAUCUCUGUUGGAGCUGGCACUCGCAGCUUGUCCUCAGGCGAAAUUGGAGGCAGUCGAUCGAAAUGGACAAACGCCGUUGAACUUGGCCGCCAGGCACGGCUACUCGGACGUGGUGCGCGUCCUUCUGGCUGCCGGUGCGAGAGCAGAUCACGCGGAUUGCGAUGGCUGGACCGCCCUCAGAGCUGCUGCUUGGGGAGGACACACUCAGGUGGUCGAACAGCUUUUGGAGCACGGAGCGAUGGUGGAUUGUGCAGAUUGGGAUCAACGCACUGCGUUGAGAGCGGCUGCGUGGGGCGGCCACGAGGAGAUCGUUAAGGCUCUGUUGCAGCAUGGUGCGGACGUCAAUAGAACGGACGAUGAGGGUAGAACCGCCCUGAUCGCCGCGGCGUACAUGGGUCACAGCGAGAUCGUAGAGCACCUCCUGGACUUUGGAGCUGAGAUCGAUCAUGCGGAUAGUGACGGUAGAACAGCGCUCAGUGUCGCCGCGCUCUGCGUUCCUGCCAAUCACGGAUACGCAAAGGUAGUUACGAUACUCUUGGAGCGCGGUGCCACUGUAGACCACCAGGACAAGGACGGUAUGACACCGCUGUUGGUCGCCGCGUUUGAGGGUCAUCGAGACGUUUGCGAUCUGCUUCUGGAAUACGAUGCGGAUAUGGACCACUGCGAUGUCACUGGUAGGACGCCACUAUGGGCGGCCGCGAGCAUGGGACACGGAUCGGUCGUUAAGCUUCUGCUGUAUUGGGGUUGCUGCGUUGACACCAUCGACAACGAGGGUAGAACUGUUCUAAGCGUGGCCGCCGCUCAGGGUGGUACGGACGUUGUAAAGCAGUUACUCGCUAGAGGUCUGGACGAGCAACACCGAGACAAUUCCGGCUGGACCCCGUUGCACUACGCGGCAUUUGAGGGUCACAUCGAUGUCUGCGAGGCGUUACUGGAGGCGGGUGCCAAGAUCGAUGAAACGGACAACGACGGCAAGAGCGCCCUUAUGCUCGCAGCACAAGAAGGGCACACGUCGCUGGUGGAAAGGUUGCUGAAGCAGCACGGCGCGCCUAUAGAUCAGCACGCCCACGAUGGUAAAACUGCUUUAAGACUCGCAGCCUUGGAGGGGCAUUACGACACCGUGAAGGUAUUGCUGUCUCACAAUGCUGACGUUAACGCGAAGGAUGCCGAUGGAAGAAGCACGCUUUACAUACUGGCGUUAGAAAACAGAUUAGCUAUGGCAAAAUUUUUGUUGGAACACGCAAAUGCGGAUAUAGAGAGCAGAGACUCGGAGGGUAGAACAUCAUUGCACGUAAGCGCCUGGCAAGGACACGUGGAAAUGGUAGCGUUAUUGUUAACGGAAGGCGGGGCCAGCGUGAAUGCUUGUGACAACGAGAACAGAACGCCACUUCACUCAGCCGCUUGGCAAGGACAUGCAGCGAUCGUCAGGUUGCUUUUGGAACACGGUGCCACUCCCGAUCACACUUGUAAUCAAGGUGCAACGGCUCUAGGUAUUGCCGCUCAAGAGGGGCACGAGCAUUGUGUGCGAGCGCUGUUAAACCAUGGAGCCGAUCCAAAUCAUUCCGAUCAUUGUGGACGAAAUGCUAUUAAAGUAGCUGCUAAAAGUGGGCAUGAUACGGUUGUCAGACUACUGGAGGAGCAUUCCGCUAAUCAGCGCAGUUUGAGACCCGGCAUCAAUGGAGGCGGUAGCAGUAGUGCUACUUCUGUAACAUCCAACUCGACAGCCGAGACUAAACCUUCAUCAGCAAUUUUAAACCCUCUCUCAACGCAAUAUAGUCCUGCGGAAUCGCCAGAUUCGACGAAGCGACGCAGUUGCGUCUCUCUAGGCAACAAUUCGAGCAAUAGCAAGUCGAGCAGCAACUUAACCGGCAGCACUAAAAGCGAUCAAGGGAAAUUCCACCAAAAUUCAGUGGUUAAUUGUCAGGCACCAUUGUCUUUCACGCAACAAUUACAACAAUGCUCGAGAGGAGCGAAGAGCCGGCCGCUCAGCAAAUUACUGUCACCGUUGAAAAGCGAACCGCAGAGUCCGAUAUACGCCUCACCUCCGCAUUCUCCAUUAAGCGACAGUCUCAUUCCAUACUCGCCUACGAACACGAGUCCGCCUAGUGCUCAAACGGCUGCAAAAGUGAUACAGAACCAGUUGGGUGUAUCGUUGAUGGCGGCGAGUCCCAAUAUAUCGUAUAAAGCGCAAAAGGGUGGCUACAUUCACAAGCCGGUUAUUUACGAGCCUAUCAACAUCAAGACCGAGAUUAUCGACAAGAAUAACGUCGGUAAGCCGUUCGAAUUGACGAAUGAAAUGCUAGGUCUGAGUAUUGGGAAGGACAGAGAGAACGGACACGAGGAGAAACGCAAUUCGGCCGACACGCAUUUCACGCGAGACACUCACAUGAGAAUAAUAUUGGGAAAUAGCGGAGCUGGCGUGGGCAGAAACGUGAAGCAUGCUGCGGAUCUCACGUCUGGAAGACUUUGCAGAAAUCACAAUGGUCGCGUAAGGAAGACACACCGCUUCAUGAGUGAUAGGCUUUCCUUCCUUUUUCAACCCUCACGAGUGAAAAAAGAUAGAAUAUGUAGUCAAGGAGGACAUACGACAAUUGCAGGUAAUAUAAAACCAAAGCGUAAUGGCUUGGUGUCCAACCCAGCCAUGAGAUUAGUAGCGGGCGUUAGAAAUGGAAUUGAAAAUGCUACGAAUAGAAAUAAGCCUAUUACGACGCGCGUGAAUGGAUUUCAAUGGAAGGCGGAAGCGCGCAAGGAAACGCCCUUGUAGGGACAGGCUGUACAUUGCGGAUUGUCUCGACGAAGAGCCGCAAGCCGACAACGUGAAUGGCGAUCCAUCGCGAACAAAAAGCGAAAGUCAAUAAAUAAAUUUUUCUCGGUUUAUUUGAGCAAAAUCAAAUUACCUCAAAUAAAAAGGAAGAAGAGAACGGACGAUCUAUAAAUAUUCUCUACAUGGAUGAACGACGAAAGCGGAGAUCGCGUAGCACACAAAACCAAAUAUUAAUUUACAUAGGAAAAAAAUAUAUAGACGUAGAUAUGUAAACUUACAGAAAGAACACACAUGACUUUGUAUAAAUAUAAUGUUAAUGAAAUUAUUUACUGAUCUCACUAAUAUAACGCAUGCAUACACGGAUACGUACGUUCAUAUUGGACGUGUGUAUGUCUGUAUACGAUGCUUAUACAGAGUAUCGCAAAUGUUGUCCAUUACAGAUUUUACAGAACAAACAAUUGGAAUGCACAUAUGUACACUCACUCUCUCCGACGCGAAACUUCUUCGCGACGAUUGGAAGUAGAGAUCGAUACCAGGCAAACGCGCUACCAAGUCCGUUACCAAGGAGGAUCGAACGGCUUUUGAGAUAUUCUGUAUAUAUAUUUGAGAAAUUAUUAUUAAAAUCUCGAAGAGAAAAAGAGACAGACCUUAUAGCCGUGAUGUUAACGCCAGAUUAGAUGAUAAAACUUAACGAUAAAAAUUUCCUUCAGAAGACUGGAUGUGCAAACGGAAUGCAUAUGUGAUCAACGGAUAAUGUUAGACCGACAAGAAACUGUAAAGAUGUGUAUAAAUUAUAUUAAGAAAAAGAUUAAAGACACGAUAGAGAGUACGAUAUUACGGACGCAUUACAGAUACGUAAAAUUAUGGCCUGAAAAAUUGAGGACACGUGUAAAUACAGAUCCCUCGUAAUGUAUCAUGCAACAUAUUUAUUAUACUGUACUAGGGGUGCGAAAUAAAUAAAACUAGGAGAUAU